GCAACGGGUUCCGGGUAUCUGUGAGAGAAGGGAAGCAUGUCAUCGAAGCCUGGAAAGAAAAAGAGCAAGGCUACUCGUUGGGGAAAGGCAGCGAAGGCGAAACCAGCAGCUGCUGCUGGCGGGCGAGGUGGCAUUGUUGGCAUGGAAACAGAUGAAGCAAGGAAAAUCAGAAACGCCGCAAGAUUUGCGGAACACCUCGGUGGGGGAUCGAAUUCAAAGCAGCAAGGCAGCGGCAAGAAGCGAUCGCGAUGGGCCAUGGGCAACGGCAGCGGUAGCAACAGCACGGACCCGGUGCGGGGCUCGUCGAGCUCGCUCGAGAAGAGCUACUUCCGUCUCACGUCCGCACCCAAGCCUUCGGACGUGCGCCCUCCAGAAAUCUUGACGAGAUCGCUUCGGCACGUGAAGCGGAAGUGGGCCACUGAGGAAGACUACGAGUUCGUGUGUGACCAGCUCAAGGCUAUCCGGCAAGAUCUCACCGUGCAGGCCAUCGAGGACGGCCUGACGGUGGACGUGUACCAGACGCACGGGAGGAUAGCGCUGGAGUCGGGGGACAUGGAGGAGUACAACCAGUGCCAGUCGCGCCUGAAGGAGCUCCACCUCUCCGGCGUGCCCGGCGUGAGCAUGGACGAGUUCACCGGCUACCGCCUCAUCUAUUCGCUUUACCGCGAGAAUCAUCGGGAGGUGAACGCGACGAUGAUGGACCUAUCGCAGGAGGCGAGGCAAGGGGAAGGGGUGGCGCACGCGCUGGGGGUCGUGAAGUCCUACCACAUGGGGGACUACUGCACCUUCUUCCGCCUGUACUUCGCCGCCCCGGCGAUGAGCUCGUAUUUGAUGGACUUUCUUGUGAUGAGGAUGCGCCGGCGAGCGAUCAAAACGAUGGUCAAGGCCUACCUGCCAACUAUUCCUCUGUCCUUCAUUCAGGAACAGCUCAGGUUCGACAGUCGGGACUCGUUGCUGGAGUUCAUCGACAAGGACGUCGAGGCGGCUCUUGCCGCACCGAAGGCUGGCGAAGAGGCGGCGAUAGACGUGAAGGCCACUCGAGCCGCAUGGGCCAGGUUGUAG